AUGAAGAGUUACAUAGGAUGUCCGCUGUACUGCGCGGUUCAAGGUUUGCUGUUCAUGGCCGCAGACGAAGAUCAUUCCUCCAGCCACCUAGCUGGCAUUCUGAGCGGGUAUCACGGAGCUCUGGCCACGCAAGAUACCAUCAAGUAUUUAUGCCAUGCAGGAGCUUCGCUGGACACGACUUUUACCCACAUUUACCCCGGGGAGAGCAUACUUGAAGUCGCAUUCCGGUCAACUUUAUUGACAGGCAGCCUCUCUGUCCCGACUAUACUGGUCAAGCUCGGAAUCUCAAUCCGCGAAAAGGAUGUCGAGCGAGCAGACAGGGUGUUCCAGAGUUUCAAUGGCGUAUCUUCUAGCCAGCAUGAAGAGAGAUUCAAAGCGAGCUUGCAGCCGUUUAUCGAAUCCCUCGACCAGCGGGCUGACAGAUCAGCAAUGGUAUUACGACUGUGCUCUUUAGCUUGGGAAGCGGCACUAUACGCGAAACUGGAGUUCACAUUCGAUGUCAUGGCCAUUGAUACACAAGUCACUCUGAGCAUUAAUGACUUAGAGACACAAGCUAUCGCAUCGACGAAAGCCUGUAACCUGACAGUGCUGCGAAAGAUUAUGUCAGACCCUCGGCUUGACGCAGCAAGCAUUGCAGAUAGCAAGGGCGACUCUCUCUUGCAUUUGGCACUACUGGAGUUCCGCGACAACACGAAGAAGAAUCUCGAGGUUGCAAGACUAUUGAUAAACGCCGGCUGCGACGUUCUGAGGUCUAACAACUUUGGUUUGCAACCACUGCAUUGUUGGGACUGGAGGUUGACGUGGAGAAAGGUAAUUUGGCCAAAAGAGGUCGACUCAGAACCUUUCCGGGACUUGAUGCGAAUGAUGACGAAAGAGGGCGCCCAUUGCAACUCCCAGGACCAAUUUGAAGCUACUGCUUUGCACUACCGGAUAAACUCAUCGUAUCACUUUCAAGCCAUACUGGAUACUCAACCCAUCGAAGAGAUCAAAGCAGGUUUAGAGAUAAUCGACAAGAAGGGCUAUACACCCUUGGCCUACAUGGUCAAGGCUGGUGCAUUGCAAUCCUUCUCAAUACUUGUAAAGCGCGUAACUGUAACGCCCGCUAUGAUGGCAAGCCCUGUGCCAAUUCUCAGCCUUGCAGUCAACGCCGACGCCGACGAGGUUUUUGACUUUCUCAUUCCUCUGAACUCCAAUUCGGAUGUUGAACCCAACGACAGCCCACUUCAUUACCUUGGUCCAGGUGCAUCAGCUAGGAACACCCGUCGCUUGAAAUCCCUGUACCCCGAUGCCUGCGCCUGUCGCCUGCAUGGCAAAACGCCGCUCGAAGCCUAUCUUGAAAGGUGCCUCAAGAAAGGUGCGGUCGCCGAGGUUGACCCAGACGUGAUGGGAGAACUCUCCGUGCUGGAUUCCGACAAAGCUGAUAUUGCCGACCUAUCAAAGGUUUGGGAAAGAUUUGCACAAUAUGCUGUAGCUAGCGAAAGCGAGGAAGCCGUCACCUCCGCGGGGAUGUCUCUUUUGAAGUUAGGCUACCUGAGAGUUUUUGAAAAGCAGAACGGGGUUUCUGGGAUCCUCCCAAUGGUGUCGUCAUUCAAUGAUAUUCAAACUACGCUCGACUUGGCACCAGUUUCAACGAGACUGCUUUGUCAAAUCCUUCGCCAAACUGACGGGAAUUCCAGCCUUCGAGAAAGGCCCGAAAUUUGCCGUCUGUUGGGUGCCGCGGCUCGCUCUUUGGACUUUGAACUCGCGAAUCUGCUUUUCAGCAACGGUGUGAGCGUGCAUCGUCGUGUUGAUGGCCUAUCUGUCUUGGAGGCCUACUGCAAGAGUCCGCCGGACGUCCCAGACACCCCCAGAGCCAAAGAAAUGUUUGACUUGCUUUUGGAUCACGCAGAAAAGAAGCAAUUGAAUGAUUGCAGUCCCGGAAGAAAGGGCUUGGCAGCGAUACACCUUGGUGAAGAGGAAGGAGCAGAGUGGAUGGUUGAGAAGCUGGUGCAACGGGGGGCCGACCCAAACCUCCGAGUGAGGGAUGAUAUGCAUUCCAACACCGCGUUGGUGCAUCACUUGCUAAACUUUAGUCCCAACUAA